AUGGCAAAGCAAAUAAUGUCUUCUUUACAUAUGUUACACUUCUCUCUAGCUCUACUAAUCAUUACACUCUAUCGCAUACCAAAUUUUGCUUCUGCUACUCUGAAGGAAGCCAAUGGUCUUCUUAAAUGGAAAGAAAGCCUUGAAGUCCCAAACGACUCCCUGCUCUCUUCAUGGCUUCCCGUCCCUAUGAAUUCCAAUGUCUCGGUUCCAUGCACUUCUUGGUUUGGAGUGGUUUGCAAUUCUUAUUGGAGCAUUCAGAAGUUAAACCUCACGUCAUCUGGAUUAAAGGGUACGCUUCAGCGAUUUCCGUUUUCUUUGCUACAAAAUCUUACACAUUUUGUACUCGUUAUAAACAAUUUUUUUGGCCCUAUCCCACCAGAAAUCGGACUCCUGUCCAAACUUGUGUAUCUAGAGUUUUCAGUAAAUAAGUUUUCUGGAGUAAUUCCACCUGAAAUAGGGAUGCUAGCCAAUCUUGAGAACCUCUACCUGAAUCAUAAUAACUUUAGUGGUUCAAUACCACAACAGAUUGGUCAAAUAACCUCUCUUUAUGAGCUUCGAUUGUAUAAUAAUUCUCUUCAAGGAGAAUUACCUCCAACAUUGGGAAAUUUGACAAAGUUGGCUUUUCUAUAUCUCUAUAACAAUAAACUUUCAGGUCAAAUUCCUGCAUCACUGGGUAAUUUGACAUCUUUGAGUAUCCUUUCUUUGUACUACAACCAACUCUUUGGUUCAAUUCCUAUUGAACUAGGGAAUUUGAAGUCUCUAACUGAUCUUCAGGUGAGCUACAAUCAACUUCGUGGUUCUAUUCCUUCUUCAUUGGGUGAUUUGACAUCUUUGAAUAUCCUUUCUUUGCACAACAAUCAACUCUCUGAUCCAAUUCCUACUGAACUUGGAAAUCUGGAGUCUCUUACUCAUCUUGAGGUGAAUCACAAUCACCUAAGUGGUUCUGUUCCUCCAUCACUUGCAAACCUGAGCAACCUACAGACUAUGUACCUCCACGAGAAUGAAUUAUCAGGUCACAUUCCUAUUGAAUUUGGGAAUUUCAAGUCUCUCACUGAUCUUUCGGUGGGCGACAAUCAACUUAGUGGUAAAAUUCCUUCCUCACUGGGAAACCUGAGCAAUCUACAGACAUUGGACCUCAGUGAUAAUAAAUUAUCAGGUCACAUUCCUACUGAAUUUGGGAAUUUCAAGUCUCUCACCGAUUUUCAGGUGAGCAGCAAUCAGCUUAGUGGUUCAAUUCCUUCAUCAUUGGGAAACCUGAGUAACCUUCAGUAUUUGUACCUUUUUCGGAAUAGAUUAUCUGGUCCCAUUCCAAUCAAACUUGGGAAUUUGAAUUCUCUCACUGAUCUUGAGUUGAGUAACAAUCAACUUACUGGUUCUAUUCCUUCAUCACUAGGAAACCUAACCAACUUACAGUGGGUGAUCAUCCAACAUAAUCAAAUUUCAGGUCCCAUUCCUGUUGAACUUGGACAGUUGAAGUCUCUCACUCAUCUUGGGUUGAGCGCUAAUCAGCUUAAUGGUUCUAUUCCUUCAUCAUUUGGAAAUUUGACUUCUUUAAAUGCCCUUCACAUGAUCCACAAUCAGAAUGCUGGUACAAUUCCAAUUCAACUUGUGAGGUUGAAGUCUCUUACUGAUCUUAUGGUCAGCAACAAUCAACUUAGUGGUUCCAUCCCUCCAGAGUUUGGAGAUUCAACUCAACUACAGAGGCUUGAUCUGUCUUCGAAUCAUUUGAUUGGUGAGAUACCAAAGGAGUUUGGCAAAAUGAAAAAUAUGUUGGAUUUGUCCUUUGCUGGUAACCAACUUUCAGGUACUAUACCUCUAGAGCUCGGAUUUUGUGAAUUCCUUGAAGUACUUGAUCUAUCCAAAAAUAGAUUGAAUGGGUCAAUUCCAAGUAGUAUUGGUCAAUGGGCACACAUCCACUACUUGAAUCUCAGUAAUAACAAGCUCAGUGAGAAAAUUCCAUUUGAGAUUGGUAAAUUAGUUCAACUUACAGAACUUGAUUUAUCUCAGAAUUUGCUCACACAAGAGAUACCAUCUGAAGUUCAAGGUUUGCAAAGUUUGCAAAAACUGGAUCUUUCUCAUAAUAGACUAUCUGGUUCUAUUCCUGAUGUUUUUAAAAAUUUGCCUCUCGGGAUUGAUAUCGACUUUUCUUACAAUGAGCUCUCAGGUCCAGUUCCCCCAAGCCCCAACUUUUUCAACACGUCCAUACAAGGCAAUCCAGGUUUGUGUGGAAAUGUUACAGGUGUGAAACUUUGUGCUAGUCAAUUUAUGAAGAAGAAAAGCGAUCCCUUUCAUCAUCGGCUAAUCCUUGUAAUUAUGCUCCCUCUUAUUGGGGCAAUUUUACUUGGUUUUUUCAUGUGUGGCCUCAUUGCUUAUCGAAAACGAAAGAGUCAUUCUCCGCAGAAACCGUUGGACAAAGAAGGUGGUGAUUAUUUCUCCAUAACAAGUUUCGAUGGAGGAGUAGUGUAUGAUGACAUCUUGAAAGCAACGGACAAUUUUGAUGAAGCAUAUGCUAUUGGGACCGGAGGAUAUGGGACUGUGUACAAAGCCCAGCUACAACCUAACAAUGUGGUAGCUGUCAAGAAACUUCACUCAUCAUCCGAGAAUCUUGAUCAAAAUGGAUUCCUUAAUGAGGUACGAGCAUUAACCAACAUAAGGCAUCGAAACAUAGUGAAACUCUAUGGAUAUUGCUCCCAUGCCCGUCACUCAUUUUUGAUUUAUGAAUACCUUGAAAAGGGAAGCCUUGGAUCAAUCUUAUGCCAUGAGAUCUUCGCAAAAGAAUUGGAUUGGUUAAAAAGGGUCAAUAUUGUAAAGGCUAUAGCUAAUGGUUUGGCCUAUAUGCAUCAUGAUUGCUCGCCUCCUAUAAUUCAUAGAGACAUUUCCAUUGCCAACAUCCUUCUUGAUUCUGAUUAUGAGGCACAUAUUUCUGAUUUUGGUACUUCCAAGCUUUUAAAGCUAGACUCAUCCAAUUGGACUGUGAUUGCAGGCACCUAUGGUUAUAUCGCCCCAGAGCUUGCUUAUACAAUGGUGGCGACAGAGAAAUGCGAUGUGUAUAGCUUCGGAGUUGUUGCACUGGAAGUGAUCAUGGGAAAGCAUCCGGGAGAACUCAUAACAUCUUUACCAACAUUGUCUGUUGAGUAUCUGGUGUUAGCAAAUGUGGGAGAUAGUUGGAUUCCACUUCCCUCACCACAAGUUGAGAAACAAGUUAAUUUAGUACUCAAUCUCGCAAGAGCAUGUUUGGACUCCAAUCCACAUGAAAGGCCAACAAUGCGCCAAGUUUCAAAUCUGUUGAUGAAGGCCUGAAAUUAGUGUACUUUCAGUGUUCAUUGCUUUUGUCAAGUUCCCAAUACGCAUCCUGAUAAUAUGUAUUUAUUUGAAUGCCUUGUUAUGAAACUUCUCAUAUGUUUUCUUAAAUCAUUGUGUAUUAGAUAAUAAAUAAGUCAGGACACAUCUGACGCAUAAUCCUCUUCAUGACUGAUUAGCUACAUAAACUUUAUCUUUAAUUUACCAGUGACCUUUCACUUACUUUAUUUUCACGUCAAAUUUAGCAACAAGUUUUUCAUCGC